AUGGACAGAAAGAAGACUUGUGUAAAAUCUCCUACAGAAGGUCACAGUUAUCUGACUGCAUCUGUGGGUACAAAGGUUGUUCUCUUUUGCCUACCCAUCUGCUCAGAUUAUGUGAUGUUAGCAACAUGGGGAAUAGACCUUGGAGGCAAGUCUAACUGCAACAUAGCCUACCACCCAGAGAAAAAUGAAACAAACAACACAUGUGGUGAUAAGGAGCUAACCUGGUUCUCCAGACCAGACCAGAAUACAUCCCUUCAGAUUGAUCCAGUGGCUGUCAGUCAUGAAGGGAAUUAUUCUUGUGAAAUUGUAACGCUGGAUGGGAAUUUCCAUCAUUAUUAUCACCUCCAAGUGUUAGUGGCCCCGGUUGUGACCUUAUCUGAAAAGAACAAUAGAACUGCAGAGUGCGAGGCAGUAGGGAAGCCGGCUGCACAGAUCUCCUGGACUCCAGAGUGCGUUUGUGUCACCACUGAGCAAAAACAUUGGGACAAUGGAACAGUCAAGACACAGAGUACAUGCCAACUGGAAGAAAAUAAUGUGGCUUCUGUGUCCUGCUCUGUCUUCCAUUUGACUGGUAACACCACCAAAUCCAUAAAGCUGAAUCAAAAGAAAGAGUCAUCACAUACCACUAAGUAUAUUUAUCUAAUUGCUAUAUUGAUCUUCAUGGGAUUCAUUUGUUUUCUGAUAUUCUAUGUCUGCAGAAAAUGUAAAUUGAAAAAAAGAAGAGCUUCUUUAAUUACUGAGGAGGCUGAAAUGCAGCCCUAUGCUAGCUACACAGAAAAGAAUAAUCCUUUAUAUGAUACUACAGACAGAGCAAAGACUUCUCAGCUUUAA